GUUACGCCACCCGAUUUAGAAUCCAUGGUCACUUCAACCACAUCAUCAGACUUUUCCGCCGUAUUUACGAAUCAUCAACAACACUAUUCAUCCGUGUGUCGACGAGCACACGACCUCACAACUAUCAACCCACCCAUAGUGUCCAUAAACCUACCACCGAAACCAUGGCAACAAGCCUCCACUACGUGCUGGCUACUGUGGGCCUCGUCCUACUCCUCCUUAGCGUAACGGCAAUAAUGUUCUGGCUCCUGGGCAUCGACCAAGUAAUCAAAGAUUUGAUGCGAAACAAGAAGCGCCGCACACGAUCAACGCGUGCAGAAGAGAUCGAGCUCGAACAAUACACGGAUGUACAGAAGCGAGCGAAGGAACGGAGGAGGAAAGAAGCAGCGAAGAGGUGGGAGGAAAGCAGGGCUAGGAGAGAAGGUGGGUACUUUGCUGGUAUGGGGAAGGCAUAUCAUGAAUCGUAAGCUGAGGCGGGAGUGUAUGAGGAAGAGUACGAGGUUCUUAGUGUUAUCUGUCGUGUAGGUUGAGGGUUGAACGUAAUUGUUACCGCUUGACGAGUUUGUUUUGAGUCGUAUGUACUGCAAAGUCGAUAUGCAGCAUAGUCUUGACCGAAGUUGAUGAUGAAUCGGUGUCGACA